GCCCUGUCCCUGUCGGUCCCUGUCCAGCUGCUCACCUGCCCUGCGGCCUCGUUGCUCUUCUCCGAACCUGGGGGGAGGAAAAAGACUUGUCCUGCCAGAGGCAAAGGGUGCCUGACUCCAGAGUCCCUGAGAACGGAGGGGGGACAACGCACAAGGAGACCACCAGAAACGCUCGACUCUCGACUAGUUCGCCUGGUUCUACUGUGCCCGUGACUUCGGACCAACCCAAACCGACGCUUUCUCAAUCGUUAAGGAUACUUCGCGGCUUGCCCAUCCUUUCCGUCGGGACGACCGCCAAUCGCUUCCCCGGAAACCCCCUUUUGACUCUUGACGUCCACCAACUGGGGCCAAACAGAUGCCUGGAUUCCGAACGUUCAAUUUCCCCAGCAUUCGUUGCCGUCCCUGAAGUCCGGAUCACGAGUCGCAGGUGUCGCUGCAAAUACAGUGCUCCGUUAAUUGGAUUGCCAUGGCAUUGUCACCACGGAGAGCGACUUGUCGCAGUUCCUCUUCCACUUUGAGCAUCUCCAAACCUACGGAUACCACUGCUGCGACACCUUUCGGGACGAAAUCCGGCUUGCUUCACGGAAAGACAAGUAUAGGCGCAAGAUUGAAGGGAGACAUCCUUCGGCAACUCGCAGUGCCCGUCUGUGUCCACGGGACUAUCUCUCAUGGCGGCUGCAUAGCCCUCGAUAGUGUCGACUUCUCUAUAGUGAGUUGGCACCAAGCAGUUUGCUUGGGCCCGGACCCGCGACGGUGACAAGGUCAAUUCGUCGUCGCCAAAUUUGGUUGCGAACGAAUCGGCGACGUACCGUCCUUCAGCGCUGACACGGCGAUGUGACAUGCUCUGACCCCCUCGCCGGCUUGCGACUUUGCUGCUUGACUGGUUGCGGCAGCGCGUCUGCGCUCGCCCCAAAUCGACCCCGUGAUGAUGUCCAUCGUUUAGGUCAUCAACAAAUCCUGCCGCUUGUCGCCUGUCUGCCGCCCGCCCACGAAGCUCAGCCCUCGUGAGGCGUCAGUAAUGACAAGGGACGGCAAUAACAACGGUCACUGUCAAUGUUGAUCGCAAGGAGGCAUCCUAUCCGCCUUGCUUGCUCAUCGCCUCAUUACUUACCCCGCGGUUGGUUGCCAGAAUGUCAUGGGAUCCAGUGUUCAUCAACUGGCUGACCAGGGGGUCGGGGAGAGCAACAGGCAAAUGGGCGCUUUGUGGGCUCUCCCGCGCCCCGGAAUGAGUUGUUCUUCUUGCUCACGAGAGACACUUGUGCCAACUCAGAGGUCAAAAGAAGAAGGUCAAGACGUAUGCAGUCGGUGUCAGAAGGCAUGGUUGAGACUCAUCAGUGACGACAAAACAGCGUGCCAGACCUUCGUUGAACCUUCGAGGCUUCUUUGGUUCCUGAACCAGGCGAGACAUUCGUUCCCAAACUCUCAAGCCCCGGCAUGGGGCAAAUGGUCACCAGGCCCCAAAAAGUGCCUCGUCACAGCACCUUGGGGGAACUUUGGGGAGGCUGCAAUUGGACCCUUGAAACGUCACAUUUCCUCCAAUGCAGUUGCUGGAGAUUGGCGUUCAUCUCACCUCAGAUCGUUUUUCUCCCACUGGACCACCAACAAAGCCCUACAAUUCAGAGUUUCGGGCUUUCAGGCUUUCAGGCUUUGGUCAUGGUCAUGGUCCAUGUGCUUUACUCAUCGCGCAGUGACCGCCGCUAGUUUGGCAACUCACAUUCUCAACUCAACGCAAAAGCAACGUUUGUCGUUCGAUUGGGACCUUGCUUGACAACAGUUUGGUCAAGUGACGGGUUGCCUCUGGAAGCCCAAGUUAAGCCAACGCCGACAACCCCACGCCUCGUUACCGUGAGGCAAACACUGCAGCCGGGGGGGGGCUGCAGCCACCACUGUCACUCUUUUCCUCUUUUCCCUCACCCUGAAG